AUGCAACCUUUCCAAAACUACGACGUUUUGGAAGCAUUUAAAUGCCUUUUUCUAAGCCUGCUCUUCUUAUUUUGCUCUCUUGGCCCUUUCUCUAGCCUUCUCUCUAAAAAGGUGGAGAACCACCUCCAACCGCUGCUCCCCGUCGCUGAUCUCCGUCAUUCGCCGGUCGCCGUCAGCGAACACCAUAACUCACCACAACGCUCGCUUCACUGCGAGGAGUUCGGAUCUGGGGUCCGUUUCUCCAAAGGGUGUCGCGUUUGCCACAAAAAUGCCGAAAACCGUUUAGCUCCUCUCAUCGCCUAUCUCAUGGCUUCGCCGUUAGAUCGCUUUGAUUUUCAAGUAUGUUGUUCGUUGUCCUCUCGUUUGACCGUUCGGAUCGGUCGAAGGAGGUAUCGAUUGUCAAUAAAGUCACCGGCUGAAAGGACUUUCUUGCCAAGAUGAUCGAGAGAACAUAGGGGCGAGGGGGUCCUUCAUCAACGCGUGGGCACGUGAAGUUGGCUGUCGGGCGUGUUGGAGUUGGCGCGUAUCGUUGACGCGCGUGCAAGCUGGAGACACCUUGGAGCUGUUGGAGGCGGCUGAAAUGUUUGUCCCCUAGGAUUUCCCUUUGCUGUUUUGCAUUUUGGGCUUUCGGGCUUGCUUGUAAAAUGGGUUGUAUUGGGACUGUUUGUAUUUGGGUGCUUAGGUAGGGUUGAAGGAUGUAAUGGGCCGUAAAAUGAAACAAAUAUGGAUCAAUAAAC